CAUGGCGGACAGGAAGCAGCAGAAGAUGAGGCCUGAGUCUCUUUAGCCGCGGGUUCGAUCCCUCCUGUCUCCUGUGUCCGUCCCUCUUGUCCACCCGGGACAAAGUGGACUUGUCCUCUUCUUCCUCCUCAGCUGCAGAAGAACUCAGAUGAAAUCAACGUUCUGAUCACCACCACCAGAGAUGGAUCCACCAGAGCGAGCCGAGCCGGAGAAGCCCGUCCUGCAGACGCAGCCGUCCACGCUGCCGUUCUUCGACACGGCUCACGCCUUCAACCUCCUUCGGGGAAUCCACGAACUCAGAGCCGAGAGGAAGUUUUUCGAUGUGACUCUUUGUGCCGAGGGCCGCGAGUUCCACUGCCACCGCACCGUGUUGGCCGCCGCCAGCACCUACUUCCGGGCCAUGUUCACAGGAACGCUGAGGGAGAGCGUCAUGGACCGGGUGGUUCUGCACGAGGUGUCGGCCGAGCUCCUGGGUCUGCUGGUGGACUUCUGCUACACGGGCCGGGUCACCGUCACUCAGGACAACGUGGACCUGCUCCUGAAGACGGCCGAUCUGUUUCAGUUCCCCUCGGUGAAAGAAGCCUGCUGUGCGUUCCUGGAGCAGCGGCUGGACAUCUCCAACUGCUUGGAGAUCCAGGACUUUGCGGAGGCGUUCGCCUGCAGAGAGCUGGCAACCAGCGCUCGCCGCUUUGUCCUGAAGAACAUCAUGGAGCUGGCGAAGGGGAUGGACUUUGAGCGAUUGCCCUGGAAGCGCCUGCUGGAGUUCAUGUCCGAUAACGAGCUGGGCGUGGACAAGGAGGAGACGGUUUAUCAGAUCGCGGUGCGCUGGGUGAAGUGCGACCUCCAGCGGCGGCUCCACUACUGGCCCGAGCUCCUCCAGCAGGUCCGCCUCCCGUUCGUCAGGAGGUUCUUCCUGUUGGCCCACGUGGAGAGCGACCCGCUGGUCUACCUGUCGCCCACCUGCCUGCGCAUGGUCAACGAAGCCCGCAGCUUCCAGUCCUGCGAGUACGACCGCCACGACCGGCCCUGCCACCGCAUGCGCCCACGCCCGUCCACGGGCCUGGCAGAAAUCCUGGUGGUGGUGGGCGGCUGCGACCAGGACUGUGACGAGCUGGUCACGGUGGACUGCUACAACCCCCAGACGGGACAGUGGCGCUACCUGGCCGAGUUCCCGGACCACCUCGGGGGGGGCUACAGUAUAGCUGCCCUGGGAAACGACAUGUACGUGACCGGCGGCUCCGACGGCGCUCGCCUCUACGAUGGCGUGUGGCGCUACAAGUCCAGCGUCAACGAGUGGACCGAGGCGGCGCCCAUGCUGAAGGCCCGCGAGUACCACAGCUCCUGCGUGGUGAAGGGUCAGCUCUACGUGGUGGCGUCGGACAGCACCGAGCGCUACGACCACGCCCUGGACUGCUGGGAGGCGCUACCCGCCAUGCUGCACCCGAUGGACAACUGCUCCACCACGGCGUGCAACGGACGCUUGUACGCCAUCGGCUGCCUCACCGGAGAGGACACCAUGGCCAUCCAGAGCUACGACUCGGACGCCAACCGCUGGGUCAUGGUGAACUGUGGUCAGCUGCCUCCGUGGUCCUUCACGCCCAAAACGCUGACCCUCAACGGCCUCAUCUACUUCGUCAGGGAUGACUCAGCGGAGGUGGAUGUUUAUAAUCCCCAAAAGAACAAGUGGGACAUGAUAAGUCCGAUGACCCAGGUGCACGUUGGAGGAAGCGUUGCAGCCUUGGGCGGUAAACUCUUUGUCUCCGGUGGUUACGACAACACCUUUGAGUUGUCGGACGUGGUGGAAGCCUUCGACCCCACCACCCGCUCCUGGGCCCUCGCCGGACGCCUGCCUCAGCCGACCUUCUGGCACGGCAGCGUCAGCAUCUUCCGCCAGUUCAUGCCUCAGGUGUCCAGCGCCUUCCGCCCGACCGACGCGCCCGAGACGAACCCCAUCCACCUGCACCGCCACCAGCGCCACCAAGCGCUCCACAAUCUCAACAACAAUAUCAACCAGAACCAGGAUGUGAACCCGGCGCGCUGAGUCUGGACCUUGAGACCCUUCUCACAUGUUUUCAGUCUGUUCUCCUCCAUCGUGCCACCAUGGGCUGACUGUGAAUUCACCUCAUCACUGUUGAAGCUGUUUCAGGCUGAAGAGACGAAGGAGAAGAAUCCACCCGAGUACGAAUCUGUCGUAGUGACAAUCGUGUCUGUGACUGGAGGAAGAAGAGAAAGUCGUGUUCACAGGGAAACAGUUCUGGUUGUGUAACGGCCCCCCCCCGCUUCUCUUUUAUUUUCACAUCUGGCUUGCCGUAGUGACACCGUAAAACUGUAAUUUUUACAGUUACAAGUUACAGAAAGAUUUGAAUCAUUAAAACCAAAACACGAACAUUAAAAUCCAAUGAACAAACAAAUCGCCAGGUGAGACACAUCUGACUCGUUAACGUGACGUAGCGACUCCCUUCCGGACUACCCGCAGCAGAGUGAAUGGGACCAGCUUCAUUACCUCGUUCCGCUUGGCGAGGGGUGUUAAAGGGACUCUUACCUUUGUUGCAUUUUUACACUUUUUGUGGAUAAGGUUAAAUUGGUAUUAAUAAGGUAAUGACACUCUAAAAUGCAAGACAGACCCACCAGGAGUAAAAACAAACAAUUAUUUCACUCUCGUAAUAUUUAGUGAAAACUUCAACCAAUAAAAUUCUUCGGACCGAAGGACCUUAUUGGCCGACAGACCUGUCUGUUUGCUGCAUGGAAACAGACAGGAAGCCCGUCUGCUUCUUGUGGCGCAUUCGGGCCCGCGUCAUCAAGGCGCGUCCUCAACUAGAGGGUUUGUUUUGAUUCCACGGCAGACAGUAGCGACCGUAUCGACCGUAGCGACCGUAGCGACUGACGAUGGCAGACCAAAGUGGUCCACGGCGUACUGAAACAGCCGCUCCCAGGGGGAAAAACAAAAGAAAAAACACCGCGGAUGGGAACGAGGGGGUGGGGCAUUGGAGGAAGGCGGGAUGAUUCGAAUGUGCUGUAAUUCUCAAAUGCAACAAAGGUAAGAGUCCCUUUAAGCUGUAGUUGUUUGGAUGGUUCUUUAGGUCUGAGAAAAGCUGGCGUCCGGUUUGGUUUCCGCUCCUAUCUGUAUUUUAUCGCACUGGGGCGGAAACGAGGGAGCUGGUGUGUCGAAUCAAACCGUCCGCUCCUUUGCUGCAGGUAUUAAUGCGAGGGGAGUCCCUACGUGUAAAAGACGACCAAAUAAAAGAAUAAAACAGUCUGCAUAAACGGGCCGGUUAGCUGACAGUCACAGGUUGGUUCCUGUAGAAGCAGAGGGAAGUGUCUGAAUGCUGCUCUGACAGGGAGGUGGGGGAGUUUCUUUUCAAAGUCAUUAUCCUCUAAAAGUUUUUAUCUUUGAAACAUACUGUGUGAAAACACUUUAAAUUUCCGGCUGAAACGAUUUAUCACUUAUCGCUCAAGCUUAUUUGAUAAUAAUCUUCUUUUUCUACCAUAAAAUGUUUCCCGGAGGUUCGAGCGUCUGUG